CCUGUUUUUGUUUAGUCAUUAUGAGGUAUUGUGUGUAUUUAGAAUAAGGCUGUAACGGUCUGAAUAUUUUUUGAAUGCACUGUAUAUUAAUUAGGCUUGCCAUAAAUACAUAUGCAACCUUUUAGUUAAAAUACUUUUCAUUAAUUUGUAAACAUUUAUAUAAAAAAGUGUGUAGAUCGGUUACCCCCUAUAAAAUUCAAUCCCACUUUGUAACGCAACAAAACGCGAACAAACAAUACAAGGGGGUGCAUACUUAUGAUAGGCACUAUAUUUCCGACAAACUACAUAUUUCUGAUAAGAAUACUUUUGUUUCACAAAAUCUUAAAUGUUGUGUACAUACUGAACACAACCCCAAUGCCUGUCUGUUACCCUUUCUCUCACCUGUCAGGCGGUAUGCGAGUGUGUUCCCCCGGCACUCUUCGAUGCCAUCACUUGGCUGGGCUACUGUAACAGCACCAUGAACCCCAUUAUCUACCCGCUGUUCAUGCGUGACUUCAAACGGGCCCUGGGACGACUGCUGCCCUGCUGCUCUACCCGCUCGCCCCACAGACCCUCGCCGGAGCUCUCCCUCUGCAACUCUGGUGAGCCCAACCUGCCCACAGAGCCCCCUUCCCUGGCUUCCGAUCCCCGACAGCCCCCCGCCACUGCCACAGACGCCGUCAACUUGUAUGAUGCAGAGCAUGCUGGGAUUGAGCUGCCCUUGCUGCUGCCUAAUCAGGUGGACACGCUGGACUGAAGGGGGCGAUGGAGAAGAGAGCAUGAACAGAUGCUGUGUUACAUACUAAAAUAUGACCACCAUACAUUGGAGGAAGGUGUGUCUUGUUGGGGUUGGUAGCAAGAUGUAAAAAUGAUCUAGAAGGUGUAAUUUAGCAUACAGGGCAGGAGUGGAUGAGGAAGAGCUAGGCACUGAAAAUCACUGGGCGACGUCACUGUGAUAACCAUAAUUCCCAACA